AUGUCGUUUGCGGUACCGGUACAAAAAACGCCAUGGCACAAACGGCUCUUUCGCAAACUGUGCACAUCGCCCAACUACUACAAGUCAAUGCAACCGAUGUUCUGGACAACCUUUGUAUCGGGCGUAACACCGUUUCGCAUCGCCAGUCUCCCGAAUGGGGCGAAAUAUUUGAAAACUUCCUGUUUUGGAUAUCUGAAUUUGUUCGUCCAUUUAAUUUUGAUGGCCUACUGCUAUGCCUAUACCAUGCUCCACAAUGAAUCUGUUGUCGGAUACUUGUUGAGCACAAAGGUAUCGAAAUAUGGAAAUUAUUUGCAUGUCUGCAUUGGGGUAAUGGGCGCUACCAUCCUCCCCGUGGCCGCCAUAAUUCGCAAAAAGACACUGGAGAAGUCAUUCAACAUCUAUUUGGAGGUUGAUCGUCAUUUCGAUCAAAUCCAUGUCGGUUUGGACUACUCGCAAAUUUUACGUUACGUCCUGUUUGUGUUGAGUCUGGUGGCCAUAUUCGAUUGUACCAUCACCGUGAUUUGCAUUUAUUGUUUGAAUUCGAUAAGUGUUUAUCCAUCGCCAUGUUUGAUCUUCAUCGCCGUUGCUGAGGUGUUGGGAAUAUCGGUGACAAUAUCUCUCUUUUGCGCCAUGGUCAGAUCGGCUCAGAGACGUUUGCGUCGCUUGAAUUGGGUUGUGACAUAA